AUGAACGAAUAGGAUGAUGAAAUGCUUAUAGAAGAGAUCCUUUGUUGCUAAAAUGACGAUGAUAUACGGAGCCUCGUUGAUUCUCAAUGCCUGGAUAUCAUUGGGAAUUCAUUGCAGGACCAGUUAACAUUAGCGCAUAAGCAACUUUUUCGAGUGAUUAAACUAUUCAGGGAGUUUUUGGAUUCGAGUCGUAAUCAAUUUUGGGAUCAAAAAAAAAAGAGGGAGCAGAAUCAAACUUUGCAAUAGGAUUAUUUGAUAAUUCAUCAUGAGUUACAGCUAGAGAAAAGUAGAGGCAAGCAGAUUGAGGAAGCAAAUAAUUAAUUGAGAUUACAAAUAAAAUUAUACGAGGGUGAUUUUGAAACCAUUAGACAAUAAAGUUUUGAGGAUAUAAAAAAGGUGGAAGAGCAAUUAGUUAAAACCCAAAACCAAAUUUCUCUAUACAAAAAUUCUUUGAUUUAAAAGUUUUGUGUGAUAUGUCUCCAAAAGGAAUAUUGUAUCUUACUGAAGCCCUGUGGACAUGUUUGUGUGUGUGAGGAGUGUUCAAAAAAGAUUGAUUAAUGUCCUAUUGAUAGAGUCAAGGUUACAAAGAUGAAUAAAGUAUACUUAUCAUGA